CUUCCGUGUUUGCGCGUCCUGUCCUGCGUGUUUCUUGCCUUUGCUGCAGACUUUAGAGUGUCUUGUGGCUGCUGUUUUGAGAUAAAUAGCCAUGUCUUUGGAGGUGGAAUCCGCAGACGUGAUCCGUCUGAUUAUGCAGUACUUGAAGGAAAACAAUCUGCACCGGACUCUCGUCACCCUGCAGGAGGAGACCACCGUGUCUCUGAACACUGUGGACAGUAUAGAGAGCUUCGUGGCAGACAUAAACAGCGGCCACUGGGAUACUGUCCUGCAAGCCAUCCAGUCCCUCAAACUGCCAGAUAAGACCCUGAUAGACCUGUAUGAACAGGUGGUGUUAGAGCUGAUCGAGUUGAGAGAGUUGGGUGCAGCCCGUUCACUCCUCAGGCAGACCGACCCCAUGAUCAUGCUGAAACAGACCCAGCCAGAGAGGUACAUCCACCUGGAGAACCUGCUGGCUCGCUCUUACUUCGAUCCCAGAGAGGCGUACCCAGACGGCAGCAGUAAGGAGAAGCGGCGGGCGGCCAUCGCCCUGGCCCUGGCAGGGGAAGUCAGCGUGGUGCCGCCCUCUCGUCUCAUGGCUCUGCUGGGACAGUCUCUGAAGUGGCAGCAGCAUCAGGGCCUCCUGCCUCCUGGUAUGACUAUCGACUUGUUCAGGGGUAAAGCUGCCGUUAAAGAUGUGGAGGAGGAGCGCUUCCCCACCCAGCUUAGCAGACACAUCAAGUUUGGACAGAAAUCUCAUGUGGAGUGUUCCCGAUUCUCCCCUGACGGUCAGUACCUGGUCACUGGCUCUGUGGACGGCUUCAUCGAGGUCUGGAACUUCACCACCGGCAAAAUCAGAAAGGAUCUGAAGUACCAGGCUCAGGAUAACUUCAUGAUGAUGGACGAUGCAGUGUUGUGUAUGUGCUUCAGUCGAGACACAGAGAUGUUGGCCACUGGAGCUCAGGAUGGAAAGAUCAAGGUGUGGAAGAUCCAGAGCGGUCAGUGUCUGAGGAGGUUUGAACGUGCCCACAGUAAAGGAGUGACAUGCGUCAGUUUCUGUAAAGACAGCAGCCAGCUCCUCAGCGCCUCCUUCGACCAGACAAUCAGAAUCCAUGGGCUGAAGUCGGGUAAAACUCUGAAGGAGUUCCGCGGUCACUCCUCAUUUGUGAACGAGGCCACCUUCACACCGGACGGCCACCACAUCAUCAGCGCCUCCUCGGACGGCACGGUCAAGGUGUGGAACAUGAAGACCACAGAGUGCACCAACACCUUCAAGCCUCUGGGCACGUCAGCUGGCACCGACAUCACAGUCAACAACGUCAUCCUGCUGCCCAAGAACCCGGAGCACUUCGUAGUGUGUAACCGCUCCAACACGGUGGUCAUCAUGAACAUGCAGGGACAGAUCGUGAGGAGUUUCAGCUCCGGUAAGAGGGAAGGUGGUGACUUUGUGUGCUGCACUCUGUCGCCCCGCGGCGAGUGGAUCUACUGCGUGGGCGAAGACUUUGUGCUCUACUGCUUCAGCACCGUCACCGGCAAGCUGGAGAGAACGCUGACGGUCCACGAGAAGGACGUGAUCGGCAUCGCCCACCACCCCCACCAGAACCUCAUCGGCACCUACAGUGAGGAUGGUCUGCUGAAGCUGUGGAAGCCGUGAGGUUGUUGGUCUAAACUGAGAUUGGACGUUCUCACACAGCAGCCGCUCUCCUCACUCUGGACACUCUGCUCCCGUCCUCUUUUUGUCUGUUUGUUUGUCCUUUUAUAUCUCUGGAGGAGUCGCUCUCUUUCAGGUCACUGUGAGCUCAAGUUUUUGGUAUCCAUGUUGAUGAUCUCAAAAACACCAAGUUUUAUACAGUAGAUUCAGCUGCAUGUUUCAGUUUCAAAAUGUGUACAAGUGAUUUAAGGAUCUUUUUUACCAUUGAAGCCGCCGAAUGAAGCUGAAUAUUGACAACUAGUUUGGAUCCUCAUUUACAAAAAAAGCAGGUCUGAGAAACUGUUUGUCGAACAAAGAAAUUAUUUAAAGUGCAUCUUACAAAGCAACUACUUGUAUGCAAUUUGUGACUUUGUAGGAGUUGAUGUCAUAUUGUUGUGGUGGGUAUGAUUUUGGAAAGAACUCUUCAAAAUGUGACCCAGACCUGAUUGGUACAAACACUCUGUAGCUGUCCAUCACACACAUGAAGAGAGGUGCUUCCACAUUUGUCCACUUCAUUCAUUCAUCCAUGAUACUGUUUCAGUCGCAGUCAAAAUAAAUCAGGUUCUGCUGCUCAUUCAGUAACUUCAGCUUUCGUUAGAGAGAGAGAGAGGAGGCAGAUGUUCAAAUUGAGGAGCGCUCAUUGAAAAUUCCACUUUUUUGUAAAUAUAUUUUUUAUUUGCAUUUGUGUUUUUUUUCCAAGAAGACCUGGUUGAAUAGU